CAAUCAGCAAAACCACUGCCUCUCAGAAACUUGAUAUUUUAGACAAAAACCGAAAUAAAUAAAAAAUGGGAAGCUCAAGCUCAAGAACUCCAUCACUCUUUGCCUGCAUCUUCAUCUGCGCAAUCAUGGCCGCCCAUUUGGUAGUGAUUGCCUCGGCUUCGGCCGUUGAUUUCAGCGGCGGCCACCAGCUGGGCGAGCUGAGCUGGGGUUCGACGAGAUCGGCGGCGGGGGGACUGAUAGCUGACGAGGACGAGGAUGCGGAGAUGCAGAUGGACUCGGAGAUCAACCGGCGCAUCUUAGCCACGAGGAGGUACAUUAGCUACGGUGCGCUGAGGAGGAACACUGUCCCCUGCUCGCGACGUGGCGCGUCCUACUACAACUGCCGACCUGGGGCUCAGGCAAAUCCCUAUCGUCGCGGCUGUAGCUCCAUUACUCGCUGCAGGCGCUAAUUUCAAUUUUUAUUUUUUAUAAUUUAAUUUCCACCUUUUCUUUUUGUUAUUAUUUUUUAAAAAUUAUAUAAUUAAUGGGUCUAGUUGGAGAUUGUGUGUUAAAUACCUGAAGAGAUUAUUGUUAUAUUGUAAUGUUAAAAUACCAAUUUACCACUCUUGUUUACUUACUUAUUUAAUUAUUUAUUUGUGCA